CACUUCCUUUUUUCAUCUUCCUUCUAAACUCCCGUCUGUAACUUCCCCCUGAUUCCAUCAUUUUCCCACAUUUUCAAUCAUAACCAUCUUCUAAACAAGUCAAAAUCCCACCAAAUUCUCAAUCAUGGCUCUCGCUUGAUCUUUCUCUUUUCGAACAACUUUUAUUUUUCCGGCGGUUAUGGCCACCGAUAUGGCAGAAACUUCCAAACGGCAAGCAUGGUUUUGUACCACCGGACUACCCAGCGACGUCGUGGUUGAUGUGGGCGACAUGAGUUUCCAUCUCCAUAAGUUUCCUCUGAUGGCGAGAAGCAAAAAGCUUCACGAGGUGAUAACGGAACAUGAAACGAAUCCGACUGGUAGAGUUACUGCUCAAAUGGAGUCUGAACAAGAAGAUAAGGAUGAGAUACAAGAAGAAAAGCAGGCGGAGACUGAGACGGCGGCGGAUUCCGACGACUUCUGCCACGUCACCCUUCCGGAUUUUCCGGGAGGUUCAGAGACGUUUGAGACGGCUGCCAAAUUCUGUUACGCCGUGAAAAUUGAGCUCUCGUCGUCCAACGUCGCUCCACUCCGUUGCGCCGGAGAAGUUUUGGAGAUGACUGAAGAAUACUGUGAAGAUAAUCUUAUUUCCAAAGCCGAGAGGUUUCUGUCGCAAACGGUGCUUAGAAGUUUGAGAGAUUCAAUCAGAACGCUGAAGUCAUGUGAGGAUUUGCUUCCUAUGGCAGAAUCUCUUGGCAUUGUUCAAAGGUGUAUCGAUUCCAUCGUUUCCAAGGCUUCGGCGUCGGAUCCGUCGCUGUUCGGUUGGCCGGUGAAUGAAUUUACAAAUUCAGGUGCCGCUGCUGUAUCUUCUUCACAUGAAACUGGUUCCAGAAGAAAGGGAGCCACCGCCAGCGGCGGAGAUAGGUGGUUCGAUGAACUUGUAUUCCUCAGUCCUCCGUUAUUCAAGCGUUUAAUAGUCUCCAUUAAAGCUCGAGAUCUGAAUCCUGAAAUAGUCGAGAAUUGUCUAAUUUCGUAUGCCAAAAAACACAUUCCCGGCGUCAAUCGCGGUGGUAGGAGGUCGUCUUCCUCAUCUGUACUUUCAGAGAUUGAACAGAAGGAGCUGUUGGAGACAAUAGUUACAAAUCUUCCAGAAGAAAAUGGCUUGAGAUCCUCACCGGCGGUGACGGUUUUCUUCGGAAUGUUGAGAGCAGCAAACAUUCUGAUUGCUUCAAAUGCUUGUCGAGCAACUUUAGAGAAAAAGAUCGGAUUGCAACUCGAACAAGCAACCCUAGAUGAUCUUCUAAUCCCUAGUUAUUCCUACUUGACCGAGACGUUAUACGACGUCGAUUGUGUCCAAAGGAUUCUAGCUCACUUUCUUCGUAGUGUAGAACAGACAUCAACGGCUGAUGUAAUCCACGAUGACAAUGAUGGCGCCGACGAGAAUCGCGUCAGAUCUGUGACAUUAAUGCUCGUCGGAAAAUUAAUCGACGGUUACUUGUCGGAAAUUGCAUCCGAUACUAAUCUGAAAACGGAUAAGUUCUUGGACCUUGCCUUCGCCUUGCCGGAACAAUCGAGGCUCUACGACGACGGACUUUACAGAUCUGUCGACGUUUACCUCAAGGCACAUCCAUGGAUAAAGGAGGCGGAUCGGGAGAGAAUUUGUGGAGUAAUGGAUUGCCGGAAACUGACAUUAGAAGCAUGUACUCACGCAGCACAAAACGAACGUCUUCCUCUAAGGGCGGUGGUGCAGGUGCUUUUUUUCGAGCAGUUGCAGCUCCGUCAGGCAAUCGCCGGUACACUGAUAAACACCGACAUCGGGCGGUUGGAUAUGGAGAGACUACCGGAGAUGGCCAGACAAGAAGACGAAUCAAUUGUUGAAGACGAGGUGGAAAGAGGCAUCGGAGGCACGUGGACGGCGGCGGUAAGGGAUAAUCAGGUGCUACGACUAGACAUGGAUAGCAUGAGGACGCGCGUAAACCAUUUGGAACGCGAGUGUUCAACGAUGAAAAAAGCAAUCGAGAAAAUCCACAAGAUGGGCCCAUCUGGAUGGAGAGGCUCACUCACCAAGAAACUUGGGUGUAAAUUUAAGACCCAGGUGUGCGACUCACAUGAACCAACGAUUGUGGAGGCUCGAAAGGGUCGAACCCAUCGGCACCACCACCAACAAUAGCCGACGUGAUGCAAUUAUUAUAUUGGAAAAUUCACCGAAGAGUUGGGUUCUAGUGGGUAUGAAAGUUGUGAUGAGAAGGGUAAUUAGAUAUUUUUGGAUCAAUUUUAACUGAAAUCUAGACAACAAUAAAAAGAUACACUAAAUCGAUUCUCUUCUAAAACCUAA